AUGAAGGGAUCCGAACUCACAAACGGACGCAAGCAAACUUCCAGCAACAAGCACCAUACCAGCGACCACGGGUCAACGGCAGACAUAGACUUCGACGACAAGUACUUCGCCGAACGCCUACGACAAUCAUACCGCUCUCUCGCGGGAGGAUGGCUACGAAGGACCCUCUCAUCCCGAACACUUAAAUACAUAGAGCUGGGACGAGUGAGCCCAUGGAGUGGCUACUCCUCCUGUCGAGACUUCCGAUCUGCCCCUUCACCGCCUCCCCUCUUCUCAAGACUCCUCGCCAGAGGGAGAGGCCGCACAAGUGUGGACGACGACGACGCCUCACCAUUCACGGAGCACAACCUCAUGGACUUGUACCGGAAUCCUCCGAGCGGCAAGGCACGGUAUACGUGGGUCCACUGGGCAAGGAGGCUUGCCGCAAGUAACGAAAGCCGUACGCGCGAAGACCUAGCCUUCGACCCACUCUCGAUGUCAAACGACGACGGCAGUAGCAGCGGCCAGCACAACACGAUAACGAGCAUCCAAUUCGUGCACGGCUUCUCGGUCCUCCGCAUCGCGUCAGCGCUGGCCUUCAUCCUCGCGUCAUCGAUCGCCGCGGCACUGCUGUGGGUGUUCCUGGGCCGGAGCGGAUGGGUGAAUCUGCAGGCGGGGGGUCGGGGCGAGAGGGUUGGGCCUGGGGUGCUGGCGGGGAUCCUGGGACUUUUCGUCCAGUUGGUUUUGUUUGCUGCGUGGUUGAUACUUAUAUGA